CUUGUCCUCGCAACAGGAAUGCAAGAUCAUUUUUUGCCUUUAACAUUGCAUUUAACAUGGAAUUAAAAUUUUAAUAUUGCCUGGAUUUCAACACCAUUCCAAGUAUUUCACGAAAAAGCAUGCCAUCUGCCUCUUUCCACGGAAUUCUACGACCUCUCUUAAUCGCCACCUUUUUACUGGGCUGUUUUGUGACUCUGUUUUUGAUGUAUUUUAAGCCAUCCAGUAGCUGGCUAUCUGGCCCAGUGGAGUCAGCAACAUCCACACUCAAGGUGAAGCACCUGUUUGCCAAAAAUGAGCAGAAUCAAACUAUCAUACUAAUUUGGCUGUGGCCCUUUGGCCAAACCUACGAUCUCAGCGUCUGCAGUUCGCUGUUUAACAUUGACGGUUGUUACUUGACCGCUGACAGGAAUCUCUACAACCAGUCAGACGGGGUUAUCAUCCACCACCGCGACAUCAGCAGCAACCUUUCAAAUCUCCCCCCCUUGCAGCGGCCCUCUUUCCAGAAAUGGAUCUGGAUGAACCUCGAGUCGCCAUCACACUCUUCACAGUUGCCUGGUCUGGAGAACCUGUUCAACCUGACACUGAAUUACCGUCAGGACGCUGACAUCAUAGUGCCUUAUGGGUCCAUAGUUGCGAACCAGAAGGAGGAGGAGUUUGUGGUGCCAAGCAAGAGCAAGCUAAUCUGCUGGAUCGUCAGCAACUGGAACCCUGAGCACAUCCGUGUCAAAUACUACAACGAGCUCUACAAGUACGUGGAGAUUCACGCCUAUGGGCAAGCUUUCGGGGAGUACGUCAAUGACCAGAACUUCUUCCCAAUCAUAGCCACCUGCAAGUUCUAUCUGUCCUUUGAGAACUCCAUCCACAAAGACUACAUUACAGAGAAGCUGUACAACCCGCUAGCUGUCGGCUCAGUGCCGAUCGUCCUCGGGCCAUCGAGGCAGAACUACGAGAACUUUGUUCCCGGCGAUGCCUUCAUCCAUGUGGACGAUUUCCUCUCCCCGAAAGAGCUGGCUGAUUUCAUAUUUUUCCUGGACAAGAACGAAGAGAUGUACCUUCGUUAUUUUCGCUGGCAUAAGCACUUUACUGUAAAGAAAUCUUAUUUUUGGGCAGAACACACUUGCCUCGCUUGUGAUUACAUUAAAAGGCACAAGGAGUACAAGGUCUUCAAUAACCUUGACAAAUGGUACUGGGGUUAAAAUAAACUAAACUGCUGUUUGUGGAUGACACAAUCAUUCUUUUGGCAAAUUAUGAGUACAUUUGAAAGAAUAAUCCACUGUUCAUUAAUUGAA